UGAAUUUACCAUCAUGAAUGUCAUUAAACUGCAGAAGAAAUAUCCUCAGUUUGCUCAAGAUGAGAUCUUUGGCCUGCAAGAUGCAUUCCGAAAGCUGGAUAUAGAUGACAAGGGAUACAUUGAUGAGGCCACGGCGAUCAAGGCGACACAGACGAGUGAGAGACAACCAUACGAUGUUGUUCGACAGGCUUUGAAGGAGGUAGAGCUGGAUUCCUCCAGACGAGUUGAACUCGAUGAUUACGUCGGACUCGUCUCCAAAUUGAGAGAAUCAUCACCUGCCCAGAAACGUAUUUCUACUGGGCCGGCCUCUCCGGCGCGCACAGGACUGGUCUCGCAGCAGACAGGUGGUGGACACGGCUCAAAAGGUAGCGUUAGUGGGCGAAUUCAAGUGCAAGGCUCGUCUUCGAACGUCACUCAUACAAUCAACGAAGACGAGAGAACGGAGUUUACCCGUCACAUCAACGCUGUGUUGGCAGGCGAUCCAGACAUUGGGAGCCGGCUGCCUUUCCCAACCGAUACCUUCGAGAUGUUCGAUGAAUGCAAGGAUGGGCUGGUCUUGGCAAAGUUGAUCAACGACAGUGUCCCUGAUACUAUUGAUGAACGGGUGCUCAACCGUGCAGGAAAGAAAAUCAGAACCCUGAAUGCCUUCCACAUGACAGAAAAUAAUAAUAUCGUCAUCGAAUCUGCGAAGGGUAUUGGCUGUUCAGUAGUUAACAUUGGAAGUGGAGACAUUAUCGAGGUGCGGGAGCAUUUGAUUCUUGGCUUGAUUUGGCAAGUCAUUCGAAGAGGUCUCCUGGGAAAGAUCGAUAUCAAGCUCCACCCUGAGUUGUACAGACUUCUCGAGGAGGAUGAGACCCUUGAACAGUUCUUAAGACUGCCCCCGGAGCAGAUCCUUUUGAGAUGGGUCAACUACCAUCUGAAAGCAGCAAACUGGCCUCGCAGAGUCUCAAAUUUCUCCACUGAUGUAAAGGAUGCAGAGAACUACACAGUUCUCCUCGCUCAAAUUGCACCUGAUCAAUGUACCCGAGGCCCAUUACAAACCCGUGACCUGCUACAAAGAGCAGAGCAAGUCCUCCAGAAUGCCGAUACUAUUGGAUGCCGCAAGUUUCUAACCCCAACUUCUCUUGUCGCGGGAAAUCCAAAGCUCAAUCUUGCUUUCGUUGCAAAUUUGUUCAAUACCCAUCCUGCUUUAGAUCCAAUCACCGAGGAAGAGAAAUUACAAGUCGAUGAUUUUGAUGCUGAAGGCGAGCGAGAAGCUCGAGUCUUCACACUCUGGCUCAAUAGUCUUGAUGUUCAACCAGCUGUUAAUUCUCUGUACGAUGACCUACGAGAUGGCACGAUACUUCUACAGGCAUAUGACAAGGUUAUCAAGGGCUCCGUCAACUGGCGACACGUGAACAAGGCUCCUGCGAACGGUGGGGAGAUUUCGAGGUUCAAGGCAGUUGAGAAUACAAAUUAUGCCAUUGAACUCGGCAAGCAGAACCGAUUCUCUCUUGUCGGUGUCCAAGGAGCAGAUAUCACAGAUGGUCAACGCACAUUGACACUUGGUCUCGUCUGGCAACUCAUGCGAAAGGACAUCUCCGAGACACUCUCUGCUCUUGCCCAACGACUUGGGAAGCGCGAAAUCACAGAUGCCGAGAUGGUAAACUGGGCGAAUGACAUGUCUCGGAAGGGAGGCAAGAGCUCUUCGGUUCGCUCGUUCAAGGAUUCUACUAUUGGAACGGGCAACUUCCUCUUGGAUGUCUUGAACGGAAUGAAGAGCAGCUACGUUGAUUACGACCUGGUCACACCUGGCAGAACCGAUGAUGACGCUUACCUGAACGCCAAGCUUAGUAUCAGUAUUGCCAGAAAGAUGGGUGCCACUAUUUGGCUGGUCCCAGAAGAUAUCUGCCAGGUCAGAAGUCGCCUGGUUACUACUUUCAUUGGUUCAUUAAUGGCGACACAUGAGAAGAUGCAGUAAGGAAGAUGUAUUAUGAUGGGCGAGUAAGCCAUUGGCUGUCAAGCAACGAAGCGCUGGUGGCAGGAGAAAUUAUUUCGGCGGAUAUCUGGCUAUUCAUGAGCAAUAGAAGCAAUUUCCAAUGUCUAAUGAGAUCCUUGUGGGAUUGUGCCUUUCGAUGUUACAUGAUCAUGUCCUAUUCGCCGUGUUCGUUGCCUGCAAUGCUUCCGGCUGUCAUGGCAUCACGAUUAGGUUGUCAUCACCUGAUCGACCACGUGCAUGAGAAUGGAAAGAACUCUACCUUACCUUAAAGGAAAAAGCAGGUUCCGACCCACCGUGGGAGGGGCACGUUCCUAGAAUAAUUAUUAUAUCACUGUUACAAAAUUCUGGUAACUUUUAAUUGAC